AUGUCUAAGACGCAAGCAAUGGAUUCAAGAACCUUGUAUAACCUUAGUUCUGAAUAUGCGAGCCAUGCGCGGAAAAUGCGACCUUUUUUGUCCUCUGACGCGCAUGUCAAACAGUAUCGGAUACUGAUGUACCAUGCUGUAAACGCGCUCAAAAUGAUCAAAGCAAAGCACCAAUUGAGUAUUGAGCAGGACGUGUUGGUAACUCUAGAGCUAUUCGAAUUGCUGGUGCAAGAAACGCACGACCUGGACCUGGCAGAAAUGUAUCUGUCAAGCGUGCAUGAAAGACUGUACGGUACGACGCUGGUCCACCAAAAAAUGCUGGUAACAGCGGCACUCGUGCGGGUUGCGAGAGCCAGACGUUCCGUAAAGCAUUCCAAGGAGUCACUUCGACUGGUUACGGGGACUCUUGUGGAUCUGGAGCCCUUGAAUUCACGCUGGAACCUUUAUUUCCAGUUUCUGCGCAUCGAACUUCUUUUGGAAAUUUCGCCGUCUGACUCGAAAAUACCGGGUCUUUUUGAUACCCUCAUCACCGAUUGCGACUCUGUCUUGAACCUCCAGGCAUUUGUCAUAUGCUCUUACAUUUGUAUCCGGCUCACUCAAAACCAGGGCAUCUGUCAAGCGCAUCUCGACAAACUCGGUGCUCUUAAAAGCCAAAAACUGCCCAUACAGCUCAGGCUAUGGAGCAGUCUUGUUGAGCUGCUCGUCCUGAUUUACCGUGACCUUAAUAUAACUACAAAGCUUUCCGAAUUCAAAGAUCUGGUUGCCACUCACAAGAAGGAGCUCAAGGACUCAACGUUCCAUUUGCGCCUCGAUGACCAGAUUUCAAUUUCGGUAGACACACCCAUCGUUCGCUACAAGGAUUUUAAGAAUAUAAUAUUGUUGUUUCAAAGCGUGAGCUAUCUAACCAACUGCUAUGACAAGAAAGCCAAUUUCUCUGUGAAAUUUUUGCCCAAGAUCCAACAGGCAGCUAACGAACUCAAGAACAUAUCAGAGCCAGUGAAUUUGGAGUUGUCAGACAGUCGAAAAUGUUUCUACAUGCUCAUUGUUGACCUUUGCAAUUAUUACAUGUGUUUGGAAAGUCUAAUUUUAACCGGAAGCUGUGCUGACAUUGAGAGUGAUUCAGCGUAUGCCAUUCUCAUAAAAGCCAUGAAAGCUCAACUAAGACGCGACACGCCGACUGCCUUGGAAAAUUAUUCUCUUCUCAAUACUCAAAAAAAUGCUCCCGAGUUUAAACUAAUUGGCCUUUCUUCGAUGUUCGCCGUCAAAGUUGCCAACAUGAGCAAGGUGGGCGGCACUGUGUCCUUUCCCGAAUAUAAUGAAGUCACCGAGUUGUGGGAAUGCAUCGAGAAAUUAUUCAGUUCUCACUCAUUUCACGAAAAUCAUAUCUGGCAAUGCACCAUUAUCAUCCUAUGGCUCUGUAGUCACUUUCAGCCUUUUACGAGUGCAAAACUGUUCAAAGACAACGAUGACGCCAGCCAUUUGGAAAGAUUGAAGUUCUACUUUUCUGCCAACAGCUUCGCUCGCGCUGGAAAAAGUUCUUCACAUAAUUCUGCUACUGUUGAUGGAAAAGAAGCCGCGCCAGUGCUAAAAAAGUCACUUCUUUUGCAUUUUCUUUUGAACUACUUGGCUUGUGCGAUUAUUGUUCAUGACCUUGAAGAAAAGUGCGUGAUAACCAACGCGUGUUUUCAUCUCGGUAAGCAGCAGCAUAUGCCGCUUAUGGAGUACAUCUCUGGGUUGUCGCACUUGCUCAAUUGUGGAUUAGCCAUGAAAGGUAAGGAUGUAUCUCUCACCAGAAGCAAGCUGAAAGAAGCUGUAAAGAAACUGGUCAUUAGUGGGUUCGAGCAAGUUCAGGAGUAA